AUGAGCUCCCGGCCGCCGAGAGCAGCACCGCCCAGGCCGACGCCGACGGGUGCUCCCCAAGCCUCGGUCUCGUUUUCGCGAGACGAACGCACGGACCACGGCUUGGCGCACUCUCCAUACGACGAAGAGCACCAUUCAUCUGGUGCUGACAUGCGCCGCAAGAAGAGUCUUGUACGACCAGAUCGCGAGAAGAUUGAGCCUGGCCAUCGUCAGUGGCACUAUCGCUCGCACGUCGGAGAUGGUUCGCGAGUAGAUGUUAUGCCAUCGGCUACGGGCAAUGUCCCCACGAACAUUAAGCGCGGCAAGUCUCUGCUCGGACGCGACGAAGAGGCUGGAGAGAACGGUCUGUUCAAGCGCCAUGGGAAUACACUGAAGCGACGGGCUGUCAAUGCUCAGGGUUCACCGACGCCGAAUAAGGACGAGCUUCCUGACGAACCCAAGGGCCGUUGGGUAGACAGUAUUGGUCCUGGCCCCAAGGACUGCUGGUUCAUCUACUGCUACAUCCUUACAUGCUGCGUUCCCAAAUUUCUUCUAUCCUCUUGCGGCAUCCGCACCCCAGAGCAGCAACGCGCAUGGCGAGAGAAGAUGGGUCUCAUCGCCAUCAUUAUGAGCCUCAUGGCCGCAGUCGGUUUCAUUACGUUCGGCUUUACUCAAACAGUGUGUAGCAAGCCUCCGCCUCGUGUCAAAAACGGAGCGAUCGAAAGCGGCUCACUCAUCAUUCACGGUUACGCCUACGAUCUUGCCGACUGGAAACACCCUAGGGCAGGUUCCUAUUUUGAUGGCAAUACAUCGGCCCUUUAUGCUGGUAUACUCCCGUCCGGAGGAAUGGACGCAUCGUUCCUCUUCCAGAACCCCAAUGAGAACUGUGCCGGCCUUUUGGAUGUCCCCAGUGGAAGUGGAAUCUCGACGACUGGCGGGUACCCUAACUGGGUUUUCCCCUGCAACAUCUUCAACCAAUACGGCACAACCCCUCGGAACCUCACCGGAUACACCAACCGAUUGCUCUGCCAUACCGGGUCCAACUCUCGCACGCUUCUCGCUGGUCUACAGGACAAACGGAGCGUCGUAUACUACGACUGGAGCCAAGUCAUGAACACCUCGCGUAAUUUGGCGGUUUACGAGUCCAAUGUACUCGAUCUCAAUUUGCUCAAUUGGCUUGACCAGUCGCAGAUCACCUAUCCGCAGUUCUUCACCGACAUUCGUAACAACUCCGCCAAUGCCACCUUCCAAGGCCGUGAUAUCACAAUGCACACGUACCGCAUGUCUCAAAAGCGGCUCGCCAACUGCUUGAAGGAUCUCAUUACCGUUGGGUUCAUUGAUACCAGCAGCAUCGGUUGUGUUGCCUCCGAGGUGGUGCUCUACGUAUCCCUGGUCUUCAUCAUCGGAGUUGUCAGCAUCAAGUUUGCAAUGGCGGUUAUUUUCGGCUGGUUCAUUUCUUGGCGAUUGGGAAGCUUUGGCAAGGAGACAUAUGCUGAGCGGAUGCAAAGGUCCCAGGCGAUCGAAAACUGGACCGACGACAUUUACCGCCCUGCACCUGGAUCUUACCGUCCGAAUGCGAAUGCGAACAAGUGGGCGCAGAAGGACAAGGACAAGAAGGCGUUCCUGCCGUCCACAUCCCGUUUCUCGCGUGGCGACAAUCUCAAAGGCGGGCGUCCGACCACAACAUACGGUGACAUGCCUAACCGACGGACAGCUGGCAUCUCUACCCCGAGCUCGUACGGAAAAACCCUGCCGGUCUUGCAUCACACCCCUCCUGAUUCCCCCGGCUACCGAGAAAGCCGCAGCUCUGCGUCAUUGCCGUACCCUGACGGAUCUGCUUCGGAUUUGCACGCUUCGGCCGCCAUUGAAUGUCCCUUCCCUCUGCAAAACGUCAUUCCCCAACCGCCGCCCGAUUUCGAACCUUUUAACUUCCCGCUCGCGCAUACAAUCUGCCUCGUUACUGCUUAUUCCGAAUCCGUUGAAGGUCUUCGCACGACGCUCGAUUCGCUCGCAACCACCGACUAUCCAAACUCGCACAAGCUCAUUCUCGUUAUUGCCGAUGGUCUCGUCAAGGGUUCUGGAAACGACAUGACCACACCAGAUAUCGUUCUCAGCAUGAUGACCGAUCUCGUUGUGCCCAGAGAAGAAGUUGAGCCCCACUCGUAUGUUGCUAUCGCCCACGGUCACAAGCGCCACAACAUGGCCAAAGUCUAUGCUGGUUUCUACAAGUACGAUUCUGCCACCGUCGAGCGCAGCAAGCAGCAAAAGGUCCCUAUCGUCUUGGUCGCCAAGUGCGGAAACCCAUUGGAAGCUGGCGAGGCCAAGCCCGGCAAUCGUGGUAAGCGCGACAGCCAAAUCGUCUUGAUGGCGUUUUUGCAGAAGGUCAUGUUCGACGAACGAAUGACGACAUUCGAAUACGAGUUUUUCAAUUCCAUCUGGCGCGUGACGGGUGUUAGUCCGGACCGAUACGAGAUUGUGCUUUGCGUCGAUGCGGAUACCAAGGUCUUCCCGGAUAGUUUGACGCGUAUGGUUAGCUGCAUGGUUCACGACGAGGAGAUUAUGGGUCUUUGUGGAGAAACCAAGAUUGCGAACAAGGCUGAGACUUGGGUUACCAUGAUUCAGGUCUUCGAGUACUACAUUUCCCAUCAUCUUACCAAGGCGUUCGAGUCCAUGUUUGGUGGUGUUACUUGUUUGCCCGGUUGUUUCUCUAUUUAUCGCAUCAAGGCGCCAAAGGGCCAGUCUGGCUACUGGGUCCCUAUCCUUGCCAACCCGGAUAUUGUCGAGCAUUACUCGGAGAACAUUGUUGAUACCCUGCACAAGAAGAAUCUGUUGCUCCUCGGUGAAGAUCGGUACCUUACGACUCUCAUGUUGAAGACGUUCCCAAAGCGCAAGAUGGUCUUCUGUCCUCAGGCCGUGUGCAAGACAAUUGUCCCAGACACGUUUAGUGUUUUGCUCUCUCAACGUCGUCGCUGGAUCAACUCGACUAUUCACAAUCUUGCCGAGCUCGUCCUCGUUCGUGAUCUUUGCGGUACUUUCUGCUUUUCGAUGCAGUUUGUCGUAUUUAUGGAGCUCGCUGGUACACUCGUCCUUCCCGCCGCCAUCUCGUUCACGCUCUACCUCAUCAUCAUCACGAUCUUGCCCCAAACCAAUCCCAAGCCUGUCAUUCCGCUCAUUCUCCUCGGUAUCAUUUUGGGUCUACCGGGCUUGCUCAUCGUCAUUACGUCGCGCAAGGUUGCUUACCUCGGGUGGAUGAUCGUCUACCUGUUCUCGCUUCCCAUCUGGAACUUUGUUCUCCCCGCCUACGCGUUCUGGCACUUUGACGAUUUCUCAUGGGGUCAGACUCGUAUGGUCGCUGGCGAAAAGAAGGAAGAAGGUCACGGAGACAAGGAGGGAGAAUUCGAUUCUUCGCAUAUCGUCAUGAAGCGCUGGGCCGAGUUUGAGCGUGACCGAAGGUUCAGGCUCAAUAAUGGAAGCCUGCCACCGAGCCGUGAUUCGUACGAUAUGGGCCGUAGCAGUCCCAAGCGCGAGAGCAAUCGUUAUUCAGCAGGCACAGGUACCACCGCCAACGACGCGUAUUCAAAUAACCCACGUGGUCGAGAUGAUGUAUCGAUGGAGCCUUCGGUCGGUGGUGGCGGAGAGUACUACCGUCCAAGGGAUAAUACGCCACUGGUUAUGCUUCCUGCCCCUCUUGCUGUCGCUUCCCGACCUGGUCCUCAGCCCGCACCUGCAUUCGCUGCGCGUACUGGCGGUCCGCGUGAUGUUAGCCCCGCGCCCAGUGCCUCUCCGUUGACCAGGAGCGUUGAAGAUGUUCCCCAACGUCCGUACAUGCACGAGGGAUCUGCUUCGGCUCGGCCAUUGUUGCAAGACUCGGGAUCAGGUGACGGCGCUAGCUGGGGCCCAGGACCAAACCCUUAUCGCUGGAGUGGUCAACAAGACGAUCAUGGAGGGUUCUUUGGCGACGGAGAUGAAGUUCGUGGUACGCCCAGCCGUCAAUCUCAAGGGCGUGGCGUGAGUUUGGUCGACAACGGUCCGGUUACGAAUGAGGGUGUUAAGCGUAUUACCAAGACACGGAGACAAUCUACCCAGCCGAGUCAGCCUGCUGCCCAGCAAUCUGCACCACCCCCAUCUGCGGCUGCCAACAACCGGUACUCACGUUCUGGCCAGCCCCAAUCUCCCGCUAGCUCCUCGAGUGGACACCACACUCUCCCCCCAGGCGCUGCUCCCCCGAAUCCGAACCGAGCUGCGUAUGGACGAUACCAAUGA